AUGGCAAUCCUCGAGAGCACUGCGUUAAAGGCCGCUCCUCCUGGUGUCUACCGGGGCUCCAAAGGAAGCGGAUUCGCAAAGAACCUGUCCCUCAUUUUUUUGACUUUCCAGAACUCGGCCCUGAUAUUGGUGAUGCAUUACUCCAGAGUCAUGCCCCCCGACGGCGACCACCGAUAUUUUACAUCUACGGCUGUCUUUCUCAACGAGGUCAUCAAGCUAGCUAUAUCUCUCACACUGGCUCUGUACGAGACAUCCAAGACCCUUGCCCCGAGCACGCCAGCUACGGUCCUCUUCGAACAGAUUUACAAUGGUGUAUUCUCCAAUGAUGGCUGGAUGCUGGUCGUGCCCGCAGCUUUAUACACCCUCCAGAACUUGCUGCAGUAUGUAGCUGUGGAAAAUCUGGAUCCAGUUCAUUUCCAGGUCUUGUAUCAGGUCAAAAUUCUCACAACAGCCAUCUUCAGCGUAUUUCUGCUCCGACGCCAGCUGGGCGUCAAAGGAUGGACGUCCCUUCUCAUCCUUACGCUCGGUGUCUGUAUCGUCUCUCUGCCAUCUUCGGAAAAAACUACCAACUCGCUCCUCCUGCACGGUGUCCCUGACCACUUCUUUCCUCGAUCGAAACACGAAAUUGGACAAACCGUAGCUGGCGCAGACGUUCCCGAACCGGCGCUGCACUUGAGCAGACGAUCCGCUACGUACGAAGGCAUCGCCAACGAUUUGCCUCCGGCAGACCCCAUCAUGAAUUUUUCUGUAGGCGUUUCUGCAGCUCUCGUCUCCGCCGUCGUGUCCGGACUGGCAGGAGUCUACUUCGAAAAGCUGCUCAAAGAAAGCUCCACCAAUGCGAGUGUCUGGAUGCGAAACGUCCAGUUAAGCUUCUACUCGCUGAUUGCAGCUUUCCUGGGAGGCUGCAUGUAUCAAGAUGGUGCUGGCAUCCAGGAACAUGGGUUCUUUGAGGGCUACAACGCCGUUGUUUGGGCCGCAAUCUCACUACAGGCCGCCGGAGGCCUAUUAGCCAGUCUGGUGAUACGCGAUGCCGACAAUAUCGUAAAGAACUUUGCGACGAGUAUCAGUAUCGUAAUCAGCUUCGUCGUCAGCGUGUGGAUUUUCGACUUUGCCGUCACCCUAACGUUCCUUGUGGGCACCUCCCUUGUUCUCCUAGCAACAUACAUCUACAGCGUCCCUGAGCGUAAGCUCCACCGCCCCCAGCCCAUGCGCAUCGUCAGUUUCGAAAAGCCUGCCAUUGUACAAACCGUUACGUCCGCGCAAACGCCUCGCACGGUAGACGUUCGCCGUUUGAACACCGACCCCUUUGAGGGCAGGGGGGGUGGCAAGACGACCAGCCGACCCACUAGUCCCAUGUUGCCUCGCGUGGGCAGCCGUACGCAUCUUCAUAGAGAAGUCCAUUGA